AUGAAAAAUGCAGACUCACCCGAGCGAGAACUCGUGGAAAAGGACCCAGUAACGAUAGAACAGCGCCUGCACCAUCCACACGCACGGUUCAAACUGCACCUAACAUGGGACAUUUCCUUUUGGGUGGCGGUGACCUUCAUUCUUGGAUCUACCUUUUGGGUGAUCAAUGGCUUCAUCCUUUUCCUGCCACUCGCCCCAUCACAUAGCUCACCCCACGGCAAUGCCGCCGCGUGGAUUGCCUUCGCCGGCGGGACGUUCUUCGAGAUCGGAAGCUACCUCAUGUACCUCGAGGCAAUCAACGCCGGGCAUGAAAAGCUCUUUGGGCCGGCCCUUUGGGGCCUCAUAGAGGAUGCGGGAGCCGACUGGACUGGCAGCAAGGACAGCGAGAGGAGCGUGCACGAUCGCGGUGCGAGCAGGACGCAUGUGGAUUUCCGGUGGCUCGGCAGAGCACCAUGGAGGGAGCUCGGCUUCCUCGCAUCGGUCGCGCAGCUAUGUGCCGCGUCUAUCUUCUGGAUUUCCACCAUUACAGGCGUCCCCGGCGUCAUCCCGAACCUAUCCACCAACCCGCCCGUUGCGAUCACAGACGUAUUCUACUGGACGCCGCAGGUGCUCGGCGGCACAGGCUUCAUCAUCUCCUCGCUGCUCCUCAUGAUCGAAGUCCAGCGGACGUGGUGGCGUCCGAACUUGCGAAGCUUGGGCUGGCACAUAGGGUUCUGGAACCUCAUCGGCGCGGUCGGAUUUAUGCUUUGCGGUGCGCUAGGGUACGCGUCGGUGACGUCCACCAAGGCUAAUUAUCAGAGUGUGCUGGCAACGUUCUGGGGGUCAUGGGCAUUCUUAAUUGGAAGUACUGUACAACUGUGGGAGACGUUGUGGAGAGAGGACACGAAUCAUGGAGACUGA